ACUCUGCCAAAAUCUGAUUAUUCAACUAAUUUUGUGUAGUAUACUCGUAUUAGUAAACUUUAAUCUGUGCGCCACUUAGAUGAAGCUGAUCCGAUUGCUUUCUCUGCGUGCAAGGCUAUUUCACUUCUUCCCGUACUCCCUCCCUUCCCCAUCCAAUUAAUUAUUACAAUCUCUCUCCCUCCCUCUCUCUCUCUCAAAUCUCUCUCAUCUCUCUGGAAACAUAUGGGCCACUAUAGAAUUGUGGUUGUGGGUGCCUAUAUAUACAUGGAGCCUCCCCACUCAGCAUAACCCUCAUCCUCUCUAGUUUCUCUCAUAGAUACCUUCUUCAUAAAUCAAUACUUGCUCAAAAUUAUAACUGUUUGCUUUACUUCUUGUCCAUCUAUUACUACUACUACUUCAGCUUCAUAUCUUUCACAAGCUAUUAUUGAAUGGGAAUGGAUGCUUUAAGAGCACAGCAUGAACAGGAUAUGAGUUCACAAGAGACACUUGAAAGCAUGUUGGUCUGCACAAAAGCAGCCUCACAAGUACUUGACAACAAGAAGCCAAGGCCACAAGAUCAACAAGCUCAAAAAUGUCCCAGAUGCGACUCCAGCAACACCAAAUUCUGUUACUACAACAACUACAGCCUCACUCAGCCGCGGUACUUCUGCAAGUCCUGCAGGAGGUACUGGACUAAAGGAGGUACGCUGAGAAAUGUGCCUGUGGGUGGAGGAUGCAGGAAGAACAACAAGAGAUCCUCCUCCUCCUCAUCCAACUCCUCCGCGUCGUCGAAGAUCAGAACCGUUUAUCAAGAUCAUCCUCAUCAUCAGCUUCCUCAGCCUCCCCUCAUCACAUCUAGCCACAGCCACUCACUUUUGCCUUAUGACUCUACCGAUCUUUCGCUUGCCUUUGCUAGGCUGCAGAAUGGACAGCUAGGGUUUGAUCAUGAUCAUAAUAACCAUCUCUCUUUGUUGAGUAAUUACGCGGGCAAUGAGCAUGGAUCAUUUCUUGAGGCCAUGAGGUAUGGGAAUUUUAUGGAAGCCCCACCGAUUAAUAAUGGUUUGCAGAAUGUUUAUUAUGGUGAUCAGGAUCAUCAUUUUGAGAAUGCUGGGAACAUGAGUCAUGAGGAAAUGGGGAAUUUGCCUUAUGAGGACUUGAUGAGUGGUGGUGGGGCUGGUUCUAGUGGUGCCACAACAACUGCAGUGAGUGUGACAACUGUGAAACAAGAGAGGCCCAAUGUGGGGGGCGAUGCGACGGAGGGGAGGGGCAUGGUCUUCUGUGGAUAUCCCUGGCAGAUCGGUAGCGGCGGAGGUGAUCAUGGAGGGAGCAACGUCGGUGAUGUUGAUGCAACAGGGAGGCAAAGCAGCUGGAUCAAUGGACUUGGUUAUUCUAAUUGGCAUGGACUUAUCAACAGUCCUCUUAUGUAGGGAGUGGUGUUUAAUUUCAUUUUAAGUUAAUGGUUCUUUUAAUUUGAGUUUGCAAGAAUAUUGAGGUCAAAGGAACUAAUUAGGUUUUGUUGCAUCUUGAAUGAAUUGUGCUCGAUCAUUACUUAAUCUUUAAUACAUUUAUCUGGA